CUCGGAUUCUCAUCUGCAUCCCAUUGUGCCAACACAUCUAGAAAUCUAACAUGUCUAAACCAUCUUCAUUUGUGCGUGAAUACAAACUUGUCAUGGUCGGCGGCGGAGGUGUCGGUAAAUCAGCAUUGACAAUUCAGUUUAUCCAGUCUCAUUUCGUAGACGAAUACGAUCCAACCAUUGAAGACUCGUAUCGUAAGCAAUGUGUAAUUGACGGUGAGACGGCAUUAUUGGAUGUGCUAGAUACGGCAGGUCAAGAGGAAUACAGUGCAAUGCGAGAACAGUAUAUGCGUAAUGGCGAAGGUUUCUUGCUAGUCUACUCUAUCACAUCCCGCAUGUCCUUCGAGGAAAUAGAUACAUUCUACCAGCAGAUCUGUAGAGUCAAAGACCGAGACUAUUUCCCUAUGGUCCUUGUAGCCAACAAGAGUGAUCUGGAGUCCGAUAGACAAGUGUCCACAUCAGAGGGCCGCGAUCUUGCCAAAAAGUUUGGCUCACAGUUCAUUGAGACCUCCGCAAAGCAGAGAGAUAAUGUCGAUGAAGCCUUUUUUGAGGUAGUCAAAGACAUUCGCCGAUUCAAUAAGGAGCAGGAGCACCAUGGACGAGGUGGUGGCCAAGACAAUUUUAACAUUACAGACGCACCCGAUGUUGCAUCGGACAAGUGCUGCAUCUUGAUGUAGAAAAGAAAGAGAGAAAAAAAAAUGACAAAGACCUCUUUCUUUUCCUUUGAAAUUGGUUUCUAAACUAUUGCUUACUUUUGUAUUAUCCUAAUCCCUCCCCCUUACACCACAGUGAGUGUUACUGAAUACAUGCCAAAACCCCCUCUUGUCUUUCUAUUAUAAGAUCAAGACAAGAGAAAAGCUAUUCCACACAGCCACUCCUACUUCCCCUUAACUCUCUACCCCUCAUCUCUCAUUCACUCACUAUCUAUCUUUAUUUCUUUAUUUCUAUCUCUAUUUCUAUCUCUCCUAUUGUCCCUCCUCUCUUUACCAUUUCCUUUUUAUUAUUUCUAUUAUUUUUAUUACUAUUACUAUUACUAUUACUAUUUGCCCUUUUGCUUUAAUGUGUAGAUAUAAAAAUAAUAAUAUGCAUUUACAAACAGC